UGAUUCCGAGCGGGCCUUGUGCUGUUCCCUCUGAACGCAUUAUUCGGUGUUCCUGCAGCCAUUUACCACAGAACAAGGCCUCCGUUCCAAGCAGCCUUGUCUCUUGCCACUGCCCUUUACAAUAACUGCAGCUUUCUGUCAGCCGAGCUCGGCGGUCGCAGGAUUUAUUCGUCGGGGCAUCAGCAUGACCGCCGCGCGCCAUGGAUUCCAGGACAAGCGACUCUUCUCCGUCCUCAACCGUUUCGCACACCAUUUACGAUAUCCCAGCCCUCCUUGACGAGCUAGCCAUUCAGCGAACUGUGCUAGCAUCUCUCAUCAACGACUUCCCUGAUGAUUCGGAUCCCGCUGUAGCGCAGGAGGUAGAACGUGUUAAGGCAAAGAUUGCGAACCUUAGGCGCCAGAUUGCCCGACCUAAGGGCAAAGACCAACCAGGAUUCCCAACUAUGGAGGGCAAAGAGGAUGGCCGCUUCCACAGUACUUCAACACCUUCCAGCAAUAGCAGCUCGUUAGAUAUGAGUCUAGGAGAGGGACAGAUGCAAGACUCGGGCAUCCCAACGCGAAAACGUUCUAUCGGUAGCUCCCACCUCGCUGCAGACUCGCCGAGCCGGAGCGCUUACAAGUCUCGACGAACCACCCCUACCCCGGCUCCUGGGCCGUCCGACUUCACCUUUGAAGCGUUUUGUGAUGUUCCGGACGACCAGGUCAUCGACCUUACUUGUGAUGAUGACAAUGUGUGGCGGUUAGCCAUUCAACGACAGAAAGAAGCGGAGGCGCGCGCGAGUCAAGUAAAGGCCGAGGUGGAUAGAGAUGCCGCCAUUGCUAGAGCCUUCAGUGGGCGGGCCUCACCAGACCCGAACAGUCCGACUUCCGCAUCGCCAUCUCAAUUAGGUCAAAACAAUGCCCUCAACAGAAUUCUUGACAGAUCCUCUCAGUCCUCGUCGUGGGCGUCGGGGGUGCCGGAUCGAACCAAACAGGAACCGGGCUUGACACCGGCGGCGAGGCCGCCUAGAUCAGUCAAAGCGGAGCCAAUCGACUUGACAGGGGGCAGCGCUGACGGGCGUCCUUGGAAACAUUCCGCAGUCAUGCCUGAAAUGGCACAGAAUUCCCUCCGGACGCCGGUCACUUAUAUUGAUUCAGAUGACGAAACUGAUGCGUCUGGGGGUGCCACUUCUCGAACGUCCAUUGGUGCCGGCCCUCAAUCUUCCCGACCGUCCUUACCUUCACUUCCUUCAGUAUUUUCUCGUCCUGGGUCCUCCAGUUCAGCGGCCUCCACGCCUGUGUUGCCGUCGUCAUCGCGGAAUGUCACCUCUGGGCUACCUGCCAUUGAGUUGGCCCGACAGACCUCCAUGGCGCGGCAAGAAGGCCGCCUUUGGCCACCAGCCGCCCCUAUCGGCCAGCGACUGCACACGAUAAGCGGAUCAUCACAGGGUGUCUUGAACGGCUAUUCAUCGGGCCUAACACCCCCAGCCGCUAACCGGCCAGGAUAUGUGAGCAAUGGCGCAUACUAUACUCUGUCAGGGCGCUCAGCAUUUUCUGGUCCGAGCCUUGCCGAAACCAUCAACCGUGUCAACAAGUAUGACUUCAACAGCAUGACGGAUAUGCACGGGAAUCCGUUAAACGAACGCCUCACUACUUUUCUCGACGACUACGUCAAUGACCCUAGGAAGACAGAAGAAGAUAUCCAGAAGCUGCUCUCGAAUAUCCGGCCUGACAUGGACGUUCCCGAGGAGGAGCGCGGCGAAACUCCCGAUGCCAUGAAGUACCCUCUUUAUCCACAUCAGCAGUUGGCACUGAAAUGGAUGUCAGAUAUGGAAGAGGGAACAAACAAGGGCGGCAUCUUGGCAGAUGACAUGGGUCUCGGCAAGACCAUCUCAACUCUUGCCUUGAUUGUCUCCCGGCCAUCUACCGACAACAUCAAGACCAAUCUCAUUAUUGGCCCCGUCGCUCUCAUCAAGCAAUGGGAACUUGAGGUGAAGAAGAAGUUGAAAAGCACUCAUAAGCUGAGCACGUUCCUCUUCUAUUCCAAGAAGCGGCCUUACUCCGAGCUGAAGAAAUACGAUGUCGUACUCACGACAUACGGAUCGGUAGCUGCGGAAUGGAAGAGAUACAACCAACAUGUCGCGCAACGCAAUGAAUCAGACGAUUAUCGAGAGGAAGAUGAUAUGGAGUUGUUCAACAAAUGUCCAGUCCUCCACCCGCGGAGCAGAUUUUACCGCAUCAUCCUGGACGAGGCUCAAUGCAUCAAGAACAAAGACACCCAGAGCUCGACGGCCGUGCACAGAAUCAAUGCGACGUACCGCUGGUGCCUUACAGGUACUCCGAUGAUGAACGGCGUAUCAGAAUUGUACCCACUCAUCCGAUUUCUCAGAAUCCGGCCAUAUUCUGAUUUCAAAACCUUCCAGAGGACAUUUAGGGGUUUGAGCGCAAAGGGCUACGUGUCGGACUACACGCGUGACAAUGCUAUGCGGCAGCUUCAAGCCGUCCUCAAGGCGAUGAUGCUGAGACGGAUGAAGGACUCGAUGAUUGACGGCAAGCCCAUUCUGACACUGCCACCAAAGACAGAGAACUCGGAGCACGUUGUUUUUUCCGACGAUGAGCGCCAAUUUUAUCAGGACCUCGAGACACGGUCUCGGGUGCAGUUCAACAGGUUCCUCCGUGCGGGAACCGUCGGCAAGAAUUACUCCAAUAUCCUAGUCCUUCUUCUACGUCUUAGACAAGCCUGCUGUCACCCUCACCUGACAGAAUUCGAGUCUACGGCCGCAGCCAUUGAGGACAUCGACAUGGAGUCUCUAGCAAGGGAGUUGGAUGGCACGGUUGUUGAGCGCAUCAAAGCCAUCGAAGCGUUUGAGUGCCCGAUAUGCUACGAUGGUGUUGAGGACCCGCUCCUCGUCAUUCCAUGCGGCCACGAUACUUGCACUGAGUGUUUUACUUCACUCACUGAGAACACGGCACAAGACAAUAUCAGGUUGGGUGAUGAGAACCGGGCCGCCAAAUGCCCGGUCUGCCGUGGGCCGGUCGAACCAAAGAAGGUCAUCACGCUUACCGCUUUCCGGAAAGUGCAUGCACCAGAAACCCUCGAGGCCGAAGACGGUGUACUGGACGAACUCUCGGAGAUUCCCGACUCGGAAAAUGACGACUUUACAUCUGAUAGCGAGACCGAAACUGAUGCGGACCAAUUUGGGAAUCUUUCAGGUUUUGUUGUUCCAGAUAGCGAGGAUGGCGACGGCGAUGGGAUCGACGGCGCCGAGUCCGACACUGGACUGGACACUGCUGCCACGGCUUUGAACGGCGAGAAAGGAGAACGCCCUCUGGGAGAAAGGGACGCUAAAUCUUCUGGGAAGCCGGCCACAAAGGGAAGACAGCGCCGUAAGGCAAAGGAAAAGGCGACAGGCAAGCGCACGGCCGAGGAAAUCAAACCCCACAUGCUGAAGCAGCUCCGGAACGACGCGGAUAAGAACCGAGAAGCCCGCCGUCGGUACAUGCAUUACCUUCGUGAUAACUGGGAGGAUUCGGCCAAGAUCACCCAGGUCAUUGAACUCCUCCGGGAGAUCCAGGAAACCGAUGAGAAGACGAUCAUCUUUUCUCAGUGGACCACUCUUCUCGACCUGAUUGAAUGCCAGAUCAAGUACAAACUCAACCUCCGCUACUGCCGUUACACGGGCAAGAUGUCGCGCAAUCAGCGCGAUGAGGCCGUCCGGGACUUCAUUGAGAACCCGCGCAGCACCGUCAUGCUUGUCUCGUUGCGCGCGGGCAAUGCGGGCCUCAACCUGACUGCCGCCAGCCGCAUCAUCAUCUGCGAUCCCUUCUGGAACCCUUUCAUUGAAGCGCAGGCUAUCGAUCGCGCCCACCGUAUCGGCCAGCAACGCGAGGUGAAAGUACAUCGUAUCCUUGUCAAGGAGACGGUUGAAGACAGAAUCUUGGCACUACAGGAGAGCAAGCGGAAGCUUGUGGAGGCGGCCCUCGAUGAGGGCCAGAGUAAGAAUGUCGGCAGGUUGAGUGAGCGUGAGCUCGCCUAUCUGUUUGGGGUUAACCCGGCGAGGGGGUGAGAGUGCAAUGUGUGGUGGUUAGUGUGCUGUUGAUUUCACCUUCAAUGGCGGCGAGCGAGGCUCGUCUUGCUACUCAUCUACUGUGGCUCCCGCCUCG